GCGGCGGAACCUCUGCGCCGGGGGCGGGCGCCGGCGGGCGCUUGUCGGGCGUACUCCUUGCGCUAUUGGUAGGCAUAGAAUCCUUCCGCUGGGUCACUUAGUCCCUUAGCGCCGCUCUCUUUGCUCGUGCCGCAGCCGCUCCUUCCCCGGCCGCCGCCGCACCGGUGCGAACGCCGUUCUGGCGGCCUGGCCUCCGCAGGGGCCGCGCCAGCUCGGUCGUGUCCUGGGAGGAGCGGGGAAGUGCCGCCCCGUGGAUCCCUCCGCACGUGGUGCGGCUGGACCGCCAUUUUGGGUGGCUGAAGCUGCGCGGAGCGGCGGCCGGAAGUUUUUAUCAUGUUGGGCUCUGGGUUCAAGGCUGAGCGCUUGCGAGUCAACCUGCGCCUUGUCAUCAAUCGCCUCAAGCUGCUGGAGAAAAAGAAAACUGAGCUGGCCCAGAAGGCAAGGAAGGAAAUCGCAGAUUAUCUGGCAGCCGGAAAAGAUGAGCGUGCCAGGAUUCGUGUGGAGCACAUCAUCCGUGAAGAUUACCUUGUGGAAGCCAUGGAGAUCCUGGAGCUGUACUGCGAUCUGCUGCUAGCCCGCUUUGGCCUGAUUCAGUCCAUGAAGGAGCUGGACUCUGGCCUGGCAGAAGCAGUGUCUACACUGAUCUGGGCUGCACCACAGCUCCAGUCAGAAGUGGCUGAGUUGAAAAUUGUUGCUGAUCAGCUGUGUGCCAAGUACAGCAAGGAGUAUGGGAAGCUGUGCCGGACAAACCAGAUCGGGACAGUCAAUGACAGGCUGAUGCACAAGCUGAGCGUGGAGGCACCGCCCAAGAUCCUGGUGGAAAGAUACCUCAUCGAGAUCGCCAAGAACUACAAUGUGCCCUAUGAGCCUGACUCGGUGGUGAUGGCCGAAGCCCCGCCAGGCGGAGAGGCAGAUCUGAUUGAUGUAGGAUUCACAGAUGAUGUGAAGAAGGGUGGCCCUGGAGGGGGAGGAGGUGGUGGAUUUACAGCCCCACUGGUUGGUCAUGAUGGACUUGUACCCAUGCCAGUGAUGAUGCCCAUGCCCAUGCCAACUCCAAACCCACCUUUCUCCUACCCGCCUCCAAAGGGACCGGAGAACUUCGGUGGCCUACCAGUGGGGACUUACCAGCCUUUCACCAACAUCCACCCACCACCAAUUCCAGCAGAGCCACCAACAUAUGAGUCUAUUGACGAGCCUAAUGCUGACAAGGAUGCAUCUGCGCCAGGGGCUGAGCCUGGGCCCAAGUCAGAAGCUUCUCCUAAACCAAAAGUUGGAGCUCCUAAUACCUUUGAGAACUUUGUGCUGCCUGAAUUACCAUCCGUGCCAGAUACGCUGCCAACAGCAUCUGCCGGUGCCAACUCUUCUGCCUCUGAAGACAUUGACUUUGAUGAUCUUUCUCGGAGGUUUGAGGAGCUAAAGAAGAAAACAUAAAACUGACUGGGCUGUAACUCCAAUGUGAGGGGCAGGAGCUGUGGAAGCUGUUUCUCUCUGGAACAGACUCUCUUGAUAUUGGUUUCCUGUAUUAACCUUGAAUGAACACACUCCUCUUUUUGAGCUCUCUUCUUGCUGUACUUACACCAGAUGCUGUCACUUUCCCAAUCUUUGUUGCUCCAGGAGGUGAACUGUGGGGAGUCUUGUGAGACUGGAACAGGGAACAGCCCGUGGGUCUAGGUAGCUGUACCGGAAUGCUGUGCGUGAUGUCCCGGGUGCCAUUCCUGGCUGCUCCUGCACAGGAGGGAGGUGGAGCCUGGAGGGGAAUGGGGUUCUCCCCCUGCGCAGUCUCAAGGGCAGCAUCUUCCACAAGCUGGUACCCUGUGUCAUGAGAGUAACUGAGUCAUUUUGGUGAGAGCUGUGACUAACUGGGGCGGGAGCAGGGAACAGUGGUGCUGAGGAGCUGUGGCGCUGCCCGAGCGUGUGCAGCGUGCUGGUGCUGCCGCUGUCCCCAGCUGUGGCUUGCAGCUGUCUGGCUGUGACCUCGGCAGGCUCUGUCGUGCUUGGCAGCGCUGUGCCUACUGGUUCAGCCGUGUUCCCUGAGCCUGCUGGGGCUCACUGACCCGAGGGCCGCACCGGGGAGCUCUAGUGAGAGCCAGGGCCGUAGCUGCUCCCCUUGUGCUGCAGCCCUGCGCAGGGCCCUUUCAACAACUUUUCCUUGACUUUUAUUUGAUUUGUAUCUUGGGGUUGGUUCCUAAUAAAGCCGAGGCUGUGAA